AUAGUGAUGGCAGAAAUAUGGCUUUGUCUAUCCAGCGUCAGUAUAACUGUGACACAUGAUAUGGACCCUGACAAGAGCUCUGGAAAAGAGAAGGAAUACGAGUGUGUGGAGCUUGGUGAUCUAGACAGAAAAGAGAAAACCCCACGCCGCAUUAUUCAUUUCUCCAGCGGGGAGACCAUGGAAGAAUACAGCACAGAUGAGGAGGAGGAAGACAAAACACAGAACGCAAAGAAAGAGCUUCUGUCCUCCAUAGACACUUCCAAGCUGACCUGGGGCCCGUAUGUCUGGUUUCAGAUGUGGAGAGCAGCUUCAUCCACUAUAUCUGGUAAGUCUAAGGAGGAGAGAGAUGAAGAUACGCGGCUCUCUGAAGAGGCAGAGCACCUGUUUGAAGAGCAGCAAAAUGAUGAAGAUGAAGAUCCGGAGACCAACCAGCCCGACAACAACAGCACUCAAGUACAGAUGACCAAUGAGCUGGACCUUCACCCUUCUUUUGUACCCAACACAGUUCACAUCCCAGCUCGUUACUAG